AGCUGUGCUGGGGAAGAAACUUUGCUGAGGUUUUGUCAGCUGCUGCUUUUUCCUUGAGACCACUUGAGGAGCACCUCUACUACGAUGGGGCGGCAAAAGGACGUUCUUGCUACCAUUGAAGAGCACCUGAGGAUCCGAAACAAAUUAGUGCGGCAAGCGCUGGCUGAGUGCCUGGGGACGCUGAUCCUGGUGCUCUUCGGCUGUGGCUCCGUUGCGCAGAUCGUGCUCAGCAGAGGGACUCAUGGAGGUUUCCUGACUGUCAACCUGGCCUUCGGCUUCGCUGUAAUGCUUGGCAUUUUGAUUGCAGGACAGGUAUCAGGUGGACACCUGAACCCYGCUGUCACUUUUGCCAUGUGUUUCUUGGCUCGAGAGCCCUGGAUCAAGCUACCGAUUUAUGCCCUUGCACAAACCCUGGGGGCUUUCCUUGGAGCUGGCAUUGUCUUUGGGCUGUACUAUGAUGCAAUCUGGGCUUUUGGCAGUAAUCAGCUGUACGUGACAGGACAGAAUGGCACUGCUGGUAUCUUUGCCACCUACCCAUCUCAGCAUCUGAAUGUUGUSAAYGGCUUCUUUGACCAGUUCAUUGGCACUGCCUCUCUGAUCGUCUGUGUCUUGGCUAUUGUUGAUCCGUACAACAACCCUGUCCCCACCGGGCUGGAGGCUUUCACAGUYGGCUUUGUUGUCCUCGUUAUUGGAACCUCCAUGGGUUUCAACUCUGGCUAUGCUGUCAACCCUGCCAGGGACUUUGGGCCUCGUCUCUUCACAGCCAUUGCUGGCUGGGGCACUGAAGUGUUCUGGACUGGGAAGCAGUGGUGGUGGGUUCCAGUUGUUGCUCCUUUCCUCGGGGCAAUUGCGGGAGUGAUUGUCUAUCAGCUGAUGAUUGGAUGYCACGAUGAGCCUUCUCCACCUGCCUCUGAGCAAGAAACAGUCAAGCUGGCUAAUGUGAAGCACAAGGAGAGGGUCUGAGRAAGCUGCCACCCAGAUCUGGCAGGUAUUCAUUACUCAGGACUGUAGCUGGCAAAAAGGAGAAGAUAAGAAGAGCUUCAAGAACAACAGGAAGAGUUUUUUUACCUGUCUUGAGAUAUUCUAGUAAUUUUUUUYYUUUUUUUGUAUAUCCCUGACACRUUUGCUUUUGACAUUUCCCUGUGAGCCUUUCUCCAAAUGCAGUAUCAUGUAAUCUUUUCCUAAUAGAAGGGGAUUCAGGACUGUGGGAGUCAGGAGAGAGGUGGGCAUUCCUGUCCAACACGAUCCAGGUGUUCAGGAAUCUGAAGYUCUUUUGAGCUAUGUUGCUGACAAUACCUGUGACCUUUGCAAACUGCUUCCCUUCAAACCUGUGUUCCAAUCUGUAGAAUGGGGAUCAUGCAAAACUUAAAUUGUUUUGCUGGCAUGGAUUGGAAACUCCUGCAUCCUGGAGAAAAUUUGCCUGUGAUUCUACUGUGGAUCAAAUUCUGCUUGAUGUUGCUCUAAAGUCAGUAACUUGACACCAGGGGUUAAUUUGUCUAAAGGAUUUUUAUYGGCCAAACUUGUAUAUCUCCUAUGAAUUCAUAGAUUAUUGUAUCAGUCAGCUGAUCCAUAAUGCUAGUGCUGACAGUAAGAAUGCAUUGGAUUUUCAUUCAAUAUUAAGACAAAAUGUUUACAAAAAAGUGCACCCUGGUGUUAUAAUCAAAAAUUUUACAAUUGCUAGGUCCUAGAWGAUCACAUGUUGGAAAGCCUUAUUCUAGCCAGGGGCUAACCAGGGGCUAACAGAAAGCUUGGCUCCUGAAGCAGCCUUUCUAAUUAAUCAGCUUUGUAUAUAAACUGCAAGCAGCUAAUAGACAAGAUCCACUGGAAACACAGUGUUGCUAAAAUUGCGUGUKUUCAUGUAAAUUUUGCAAUAGUGUUGUUGGGUUUUUUUUUUCUUUUUUUUAGUAGAUUUAUAUAUAAAUAUACUCAUUGAAGCUGUUACUAAAUACCAAAGUUGGGAUGAGUUAAUUUAGAGAUGUGUGGGAACUGCUGAUUCUCUGUCAGCUUUGAGAUWUUGUUGGAUUUUCCUGGGGUGGUCUUGGAUUAUAGCAUUGUGUUUUUUGAAGCACUUCCUUUUCUACCUUGUAGAAUUACUGGGAUAUUCCUGGUACUCAUGGCUGAGGGACUGAGGUCAGGCACCUCCUCAACUAGCAGUACUGGCAUCUCAGGGGAUCUCUGGCUCUCCCAAUGCCAUAUUAAUACAGAGUAUUUAAAAAAAAAAGCUUUAUUGGUUAUGAAAAAAUUUGUAAGUCCCACACACUAGAGAAACUCGUUCAAAGCUUGUUUCUUUAAUUCAUKGAAAUGCAUAACUUUGUACACAUUUCCAGUCACUAAAAAGGAUGUAUUCUUUUUUUUCUUUUUAAAAAAAAUAAAAUGUCAAUACCCACACUGUAAAAUG